UUGACCUGAUCCAACAACAGAAAGUGACCAAAAUCUUUUAGACAUUUCCUUGAAGAACAGCUGCCGUCCAUGACGUUGUGAUGGCAGGUAUUGGACUGUGUCGUCGAUGUAUCCAUCCGUUAAAGAAUCUAGCCAUUAGUCGACUUGGAUAUUUGGGUAACAAUCUAGUUGCCAUAAAAAUUAUCCAAGAUGUACCAAAGCGAAGCAUUACUACAGACAAUCUUAAAUACAAAGGUGAUAUGAGAAGUGGGAGGGCUCGAGAUGGAAGUUUUCUUAAUUGUCCAAAGUGUGGAUCAAGUCUGGAGUAUUUAGAUGCAGUUGAUAGAACGUUUGUACGGUGUGUGUCAAUGACUUGUAAGAGCAUGUUCAUAGAUGGGCCUGAACUACAUGAACAUGUACAAGAAGAAACAAAGCCUCUCACACCAAAAAUGAUCCAUGAAUACUUAAACCGAUAUGUGACUGGACAACACAGGGCCAAGAAAGUGCUGGCUACUCAAACAUUUAACCACUACAUGAGGGUCCGACACCACCAGUCCCAGAUAGCCAAGGCUAGCCCAGUGCAGCCGUACAUGGAUUGUUAUAACAUGGACACGCAAAGCCCUUUGGGCAAAUUGAGUCGACCUGAUGCCCUGUUGGCUGUAUCAGGCUCACCCAUGCUGAACAGGCAGUCCCCUCUCCCUCCUGCCAAGGCAAUGACACCAAUACAACUCACAGAAGUCGGGGACAAAGAAGUACAGCUGGACAAGAGCAACAUUCUUCUGCUUGGACCAACAGGGGUUGGGAAGACCUUAUUGAGCUCCAAGCUUGCCGAGUGUCUAGGAGUGCCGUUUGCUGUAGCCGACUGUACAACUCUGACUUCUGCUGGCUAUGUGGGGGAGGAUGUGGAAGGUGUCUUAUCAAGGCUUCUACUGAACGCCAACAACGAUGUGGAAAAGUGUGAAACAGGUAUCAUAUUUCUGGAUGAGAUAGACAAGAUCAAGGUGCCUAGACACAACGUUGGACGAGACGUAGGUGGGGAAGGGGUACAGCAGGCCUUUCUCAAGACUCUGGAGGGAACUACAACUACUGUAUCACUGAAGAACAAGAAGAAUGAACUCAUACAAAUCAACACCAAAAACAUUCUCUUUAUUGCAUCUGGAGCAUUUAUAGGUUUAGACAAAAUAAUUCAGGCUCGGAUAUCAGAAAAGGACUUCGGAUUUGGAGCUUGCUUCAAUCAGAAAGAGGAAAUAAGCGAAACUAGCAGCACCGAAGGAUUAGAUGAGGAUAGUGCUAAACUUGACGCCAUCUUAGAAAAAGUAGAAGCUGUAGACUUGAUGAAAUUUGGAAUGAUUCCAGAACUAUGUGGCCGUAUUCCCGUACUGGUAACACUGCACUCUUUAGGUGUUAACAGUCUUGUUAAAAUUCUUACUGAGCCAGUGGACGCCCCAAUACGACAGUACAAAAAAAUAUUUUCUGAAAGUGAUUCUGAGUUUGAAUAUGAAGACGGAGCUCUUAAUGCUAUAGCGGAUAUUGCAAUGAAGAAGAAAACAGGUGCUCGUGGUCUGAGGACAGUACUCGAGAACGUACUAAAUGAAGCUAUGUAUGAAGUACCAGGGUCCAAGAUAGUGAAGGUGACGUUAACAGAGGACUCUGUUAAAAAGGGCACUCCUGUUAUGUAUACCUUAGCAGAUGAGGAGGAGGAGUAUGAACGGGUCAACACAACUGCCUAGUGUUGGUUAACCAUCCGGUCAUAUCUUAAGGCAGUCUACACAAAGCUGGUAGACUGGUUUUCUCACGGAACUGUAUGAUAACUACCAACGUUUUGCUCAUAUAAGUCUGAAAUUCAGCUACUGUAGUUUUAAUAACAGAUAAAGAUAUCAAUUUUGAUAACAUCACAGCAGACUCUAAAAUCCAAGGCUUGUAACAUGCUGGUUAUCUAAAUAGAUAAAGAAUGUGCAAAAUUAGUUGAGGAAAGUCUAUUGAAAGUUUAGAAUUUUUCGAAAUACCAUGAAAGCAUCACUUGAGAUAAAAUGUUCUAGCACGCCCAAAGUUAUUAUUCAUCCAGUAACUGUAAUGUGUUAUAUAUACUCCUGUAAUACAUAAUUAAAGGUUUAUAACAAAGUACAGUCCAAACAACUCAGAAUGGCAAUGAAAACUUCAGGUAGCUUCAUUUCUAUCAUAUAUAUUGCAAAUUGAUGUAAUCGAGUACUGUCUACUUAAAUGCAAAACAGUUCCAUGAUGCUAUGUUGAGGCUAUAUAUAUGGUGCUCAGUCAAGACAUGCUUUUUUUGUGUUAGAUACUGUAAAAGUAUUUUUUUGUGGUUUGGAAAUGCUCAAGAUUUUUUGGAUCAAGUAAGCGUGAAAAUAUCGACACACAAAUAUUUAUAUAAAUAUUGUAAAUAUAUACUCUGUAUAAAGUAUAUAGAAGAAAUAGAUUUCAGUAAGAUUGCCAAUGUGAACAUUUCCACAUCACAAUCCGUUCAAAAAGUUACAUUUCCACACACGAGAAUUUUCACUUUUCAACAGUAACAACUGAAGAUUUCCCUAUACUGACUGUAGUAACAUAGUCCUUUGAUAUAUGUAUUUGACAUUAUAAUAAGCAUUUGUCUUUCUAUUUGUCAAUCCAUCAUACUGAUAACUUUUUGAAAUCUCAACAUCAUUCAGCUAAAUGUUAUCAACCUUCCAACAGUUGUUUACAUAUUGCUAGGGCUACUGAGGCUGAAGGUCAAAGAUUGCUAGGGCUACUGAGGCUGAAGGUCAAAGGUUGAGAUUACAAAGUUGAAGAUUGUUAAGAAGUUUUUAUGAAUAUUUCUUUGAGCACCAAAUUGUAUAUAUUAUUUGUUCAUCAGGAUAUAAAAAAGCAAAGUGAUUGCUUUGGCUUAAGCUCAUAUUACAUAUAAAAUUAAUGGAAUAUUCCCUAUUGCAGUGGUUCACAAAAACAUGAGCAAGCAUCCUGUUAUUAUACACUUUGAUUUUUAGUGAUGAAGAAUCUGAAAAUGUCAUAGUUAUAUUUGUUUUUCUUAUUUUAAAAUGUGAUAUUUGUUGCAAUUUAAGAAUAUUUCAUAAUGGUGGUAUGUUGUGUAAGAUUUGGAAGAUGAGUGUGUUUUGAUUGUUGUAAGUCUGCUCUGACUGAACUGUUGUAUGAUAUAAAGUGGUACAUGGUUUAUGAAUGUAUAGCUGAUAUCAUUGUUAUGUUACAAAAAAUCUAGUUUACCUGUAUUGUCAAAUAUUGUAUUACUUUUAAAGCUGAGAAUUUCAAAAGUCGUUUUUCUCUCAUUCCUGAGCAUGUAUGAUUGAGCUGUCCAGGCUCAAGGAAAGAUUCUGUGCACAAACGAUCAUUUGUGUAACUUGCAAAAAUCAUGUGACAUGGUCAAGAAGUUAAUCUGGACAAUGAAAAUGGUAUUCAGCACAAAAUCUGUGUUUGAGUAGGAGAACGAUUUCACGAAUACAGGUCCAGGGUAAAAAGAAGGGUGCAAGAAAUUUCCAUCUUGCACCCCAUAUCAAAUGCCUGGUGCCACAAUGAGGCAACAAUGAUUGAUGUGUGAUCCCAAAAUCAGGAAAAAUUGGAUAUGGUGAUGAAGAAACUGCCUAUGUGAUGAAAGUGAAAACUUAAAUGAUUUACCAUUAUUAACCAUAUACAAGUCAGAAAUAUGUGUCUUUUUUUCAGCAAACUUAUUUUGUGAAAUUUGGCAAGAUAAAUCAACAUCAGUGACAAAUUUUUAGCCUUUUUAAACACCUUUUAUAAUUUCUGAACUAGUAAUGACGAUUGGAACGAGAGAAAAUUACUAUUUCAUGCCCACAGGCGUAGGUUAAGAUUUAAAUUCUUUUACCAUAAACAGGGGUAUCCACUCUUAUCCCUUUGUGAUGUAGGGUUGAGAGAAGGUGACUUCCCGUUUAUAACAAUUUUAUGACAUCACAUCAACUGUGCUUUUACAUUACACCAGUGUCGUAUAUGACCAGGCAAACAGAGAGUAGAAAAUGAAUAAUUUAAUUCCCCCUUGGAUGUGAGAUUUGGAUAUUAAACACUCGGCAAGCCUUAUGUUUGACAACUUAAAUAUCUUCCCCUUGGGUUGGAAUCUCCUAUUUCUUCCCCAAGGGGUGAUACAUUAAUCACACCUAUGAUAUUUGAAUAUGGGCAUAAACUUCCUACUCACAACCCAUGGAUACGAAAGAUUCUUGUAAUAUUUACAGUUCUAAGUUUACAUAAAAUGUAAAAAAUAAAAAAUAAAAUAAAAAUGAGCAAUUAUCACAUAAUUUUAUAAAUAGUUACACUUCAAGCACCUUUUUAACAGUGUAUUAUACCAUUUCAAAAUAUUUCUGGGUGUAUUUGUUUUUGUAAGAUAUAGUUUGAGAGUGUGAUAGAAAAGAAUAAUGGAUUGACUAAUGAUUUGUAUAUCUACUUUAGCACAAACAUUGAAAUAAAGACUGAUAGAUAAUGUUUCUUUGACACGGAGGCAUUAAUUCAGGUAGACACAUUUUUAAAAGUGAUGAAUAGUGGCAUUGUUAGAAUAUUGAAUAUGCAGACUUGUUUGUUUAACUGGAUCAAUACAGAUAUUGAUUACCUUCACUUAGUGAGACUUAUGGUUUACAAUUUACAGCUUUUUUUUCCUGCUCUUGGUGUAAUGUACAAUGCUCAAGUUCAUUGAGGCAGAAUGAACCAAAAAUGUAAAUAUGUUGAAGAAACAAGGUUGUUAGUCCCGUCAUCUAGACAAUUCCCAGCCCCUAGUUUAAGAUGUUUUCUUUAUUUUAAGCCACAAUUUGGUUUGCUUUUAUGGGCAUGCCAACCGGUUUCUGAUUUUGUAUCUGAAACAUAUGCACCACCCUAUAGAAAAAAAUUAAAUCCACAUAUUUGAAUUUAUUUUGGUUUGGAUACUUCCAUUUAAUUCGUUAUUCCUUUCAAGAUAGCUGUUUCAUUGGUUGAAACUUUCGGAAGUGGAGUAUCUGUUGAGCAUUGGACGAUGUGGGCAGUGGAUGUGGAACAGAAGGGUUUCCUGUGCCUUUAUUACUAAGGUGUAUUGGAAUUAAUUUAUUUUUUGUAAAUGUUUUCCAUUAGUGUAAUUAUGUGCAUAGUUUCUGUUUAUUUAAAGCACAAAUUUAAACAUUUGGAAAGAAGCAUGGCAAACUUGUUGAACAUCUGCAUUUUCAUCAUCUUGGAACUAUUUGACAAUCAGAUAAUCAUCAAAAUUUGUAUACCGAUACAUUAAUGCCAUAUUUAAUUGUAUAUUGUUGAUCUUUAAGGGAGUAUGUUUCUGUUGAUGUUAUAUCGGCGUGAGCAGUUUUUUGAUGUUGAUCAUGGAGUGCAGAAUGCUGCCAAAAUAUUCCAGGACAACUAGGUAACAAUUCAUACGAUGUAUCUGCAGGUUUUGUUUUGUAUACGAUUAUGAUAAUUUUGUACAAUGGACAAAACGGUAAGGAAAAAAAUGAAUUUAUAUUUUGUAGAAUCAUUUUCAUAUUUAAAUAGCUUUAUGUUUCUUAAUAAUCCUUUUAAAUUACAGUAUGUUCCAGCGUCAUACAUGCAAAAGCUAAAUCAGAAUUCUUCACCAUGGUUGACUGUGGUUCUGAUUUAAGAAUUAGGGCUAGCUGGUGACAAAGGUUGUAUGUAUAACAAUAUGUAUUCAGUAUCAAAUUUUCGUCAUUGCUUUUCCCUCUCUCCUACUCCUGUAUUAUAUUUGUUUUAUUUAUUUCGCUUUCAUUUUAGCUCGGAAAGUUUUUUGAGUUAUAAAUACGGAUAUUAUAUUUAUGCAGACUUCUUGUAAUGGAUAACAAAUUCUUUCCAUUGGUUUUAUUUUAUAUCUUAGUAGGUGAUUAUCGGUCAAUGCAUCAAUGCACUUGUGUUAGCUCACUACGUUAUAUAUACUAUUGCUGUUGUUGUGUAGGGUUUUAUAUUUUAACUCUUUAUAGUGAAUAGAGUAUAUUUUUUGCGAGACUGAAAGAAUGAAUCAUCUAGAAGUCUGUGUAUGAAUGGUAUGGUCGGGGAAUAUUGAGUGUUAGGUACAAGUGUAUUGUUCUCGUACUUGCAGUGACUGCUGUAUACGUUAUACUAGGCUGUUUUGUAAAUAAAAUGAGCACAUUUUAUAACAUUCAUUGGA